GCGGGACGCAAGCAGGCGGCACUGGCGGCUGAGCUCGCGCAGCUGACGGCCGCGCUGAGAAAGGCGGAGGAGCGGAACGCGGCGCUGGAGCGGGCGCAAGCCGAGGAGCGAGCCGCUGCCGCCGCGCGCGAGGUCGAGCUGCAGACAGCGGUGAGCCACUGGCGUGACGAGGCAGCGCUCGCCGCGCAGAGGGAGCAGCAGGCGAGCGAGAUGGGCGAGGCGCGGCUCGCACAGGCGGUCGAGCGGGAGGGCGAGGCGCGCGACGAGGCGUCCUUCUUCCGGGCGCGCUUCCAAGAGCUCGCGCUCUCCUUUGCUCGAGCCCAGGACCCCGCGCCGCCGCGCAGCCGUCCUCCGAACGCCGACGGCGGCGGCUUCUUUGGCGCCGUGGCGAGCCUGAUCGGCGGCGGGGCGAAGCCGCGGCCGUCUCGAGGGCGGGGGCGGACCUCGCUGUCGGCGUCCCGGCCCGCUGGCGACGCGCCGUCGUCUCCAGCCGAAAAGGCGCGUGCGCCGCCGCAGGCGCCCCUCUUCUCGCCCCGCACAAUGUCCAUCGCCGAGGAGCCGUACUCGCCGCCGCAGCCGCCCGCCCCGCGCGACGCGCCAACGCCCGCCGACGCGACUGCGCUGGCGAGCUACCUCGGCUUGCACCCCGUCCGCGACGCCAAGCUCAUGUGGAUCGCCGAGGCCGCCGCGGCCGAGCCGCUGCCGGAGGGCUGGAGCGAGGUGGUCGACCCCGGCGGGAGGCUCUACUACUCGAACGGCGUCACGGGCGAGUCGUCGCGAGUGCACCCGCGCGACGAAGAGUUCCGCCUGCUCGUGAUGCGCUCCAAGCUCGAGCAGAUGCAUUCGGCGCCCGCAGCGCAGCCGUCGGCGGGCGACUGGUCGACGAUCCGGAUGAAGUCGCUCGAGCAGUCGCUCAGCUCGGCCGCUUCGGCGCCGGUUCGCGCGCUCGUGCAGCGGAGUGGCGACCGACGAGGCGGCGCGCCGCGGCUCACCUUCGAGAUGCUGCUCGACGAGGACACGCGGCUGCCGUGGAUGGAGGCGGUGCUGCGUGAGGGCCCGCGCGGGGCCGCGUUCGAGCUCCUGCUCGAGGGCGGCGCGGCCGAGAAGAGCGAGCACCUCGUGCGGCUGAGCGGGCCGAGCAGCAGCGUGCUCGUGCGGAGGGAGCGGCGCGACGCGCCGCUGCCGGAGGACGGGCCCGUGGGGGAGGAGGAGGAGCUCGCGGCCGUCAUCUUCGUCGAGGUUUUGGGCGAGGCGGACGAGUCCGGCGCGCGAGGCGGAGAGGAGGCGCCGUACUCGAUGGAGCUGGUGGUGCCGGCGGCGAAGCGUGGCGGCGCGACUCAGGCGCACAAGCCGCGUGGCCCCUCCGACACGCUGCUGCAGCGGUACGGGCGGGGCGAGACGGAGGGGCUCCUCGUCUUUGUCGGCCAGGUCGCGAGGAGUGCGGCUGCGGAGGCGCCGAGCGCAGCGGUCCGGCUCUCGCUGCCCAAGACGGACUCCGGGAACUUGCUGCUGCAGACAUCGGGCCGCCGCGGGGCCAACCGAGCGACCCUGGAGUACCGCGACCCAUUGAGCCCGCUGGCGGCCUUCUCGGCGGCGCUCGCGCUCGUGCACUGGAGUGAACGCGCGCAGUCGGCGCUAGCGAGAGCUGCCAUCGGGAAAGGGCGUCUGAGUGUUGGGUGA